CGCAAACCAUGAGGCGCCCUUGGUUGCGAUGGUUGCAGGGGUAUCAUGGCUGCUUCAAGUGUCGAAGGACCGCUGAGUAAAUGGACAAAUGUAAUGAAAGGCUGGCAGUACCGUUGGUUCGUGCUGGAUGACAACGCGGGCCUCCUGUCCUAUUACACCUCCAAAGAGAACAUGGCCCGCGGAGCACGUCGUGGCUGCGUCAGGCUUCAAGGUGCGGUAAUUGGAAUCGAUGACGAAGAUGACAGCACCUUCACGAUACGGGUGGACCGCAAGAUCUUUCACUUUCAGGCCCGAGACGCCGAAGAACGUGAACGUUGGGUUCGAGCACUCGAAGACACCAUUCUGCGCCACACACUGCAGAGGCAGCCCAAUGCGCGGCUAUGGGACCAAACCGGGAUCGUUGCACCGACCCAGCAGAACUUUGACACCAAACUGACCGAGGCGGACUCCUAUCUGCAGCUGCUUAUCGAGCAGAUAAGGGACCUUGAAUUCAACAUUGAAAAAGUGACGGACGUGCGGGAAAAGCAGCAGCUCUCUGGCAUCGGCAAUAAUGCUAAUGCACUCUUGGAAACGGUCAAGCAUACCAUUGUUCUCCUCCAAAUUGCCAAAAACACCGCGCAGCCUGUGAAUGGCGUCUACUCCCAGCGUCGAGGGGACGAGAGGUCGUUGCCUCUGAGGAGGGAAGCAGAAGACAAAUUAGCGGGAGCGUCGGAGGGCAGGCAAGUCGAACGGACGGGACGCAGCGCCUUUCACGAAAACCCCCUGGAGGAGAGCCAUGCGCUGGUGACCCCUGCCGUCUCUGCCAUCCACCCGGCCAGUGGCGGUCUCAUCCGAGCCAAGCAGUCUUCAAAGUCGAGACAAGACAAGACGCCCGGAACGACAGACGCCGGUUCCCCCGAAUUCAAAGUUCCGCCGGUGUCGUACUCCAGCAGCGACGACGAGGACUUCUUCGACGCCCGGGAAGAGCGGGACACCCUCCCGACGCAGACGCCUGAGGCUGAGUCCCAAAUGCAAGAGACUGGGAAGCCAGCAGCUUCCAAAACGGAUGGAACAACUUCACCGGGAGGGAACGCCUACUCUCUCUACGAUGCUGCCUACGAUGAAGAAACGGAAGACGAGUCGCUGGCAUCACUGGAGGGGCAGAAGAGCGUGUUCUCGCACCUGCUGUCUCAGGUGCGCAUUGGCAUGGACCUCACCAAGGUGACGCUACCCACCUUCAUCCUAGAGCGGCGCUCCCUCCUCGAGAUGUACGCAGACUUCUUCGCGCAUCCCGACCUCUUUGUCAGCAUAGUGGACCAUCAGGACCCAAGGGACCGGAUGGUGGAGGUGGUGAGGUGGUACCUGUCGGCGUUUCACGCCGGUCGCAAGACGUCGGUGGCCAAGAAGCCGUACAACCCCAUCCUGGGGGAAAUCUUCCGCUGCUACUGGAGGAUUGGUGACAAGCCUGGGGUGCCCGUGCCCGACGGCCCAGUCCCGUGGGCCACCUCCAACGACCUCUCGUUCAUCGCCGAGCAGGUGUCACAUCACCCUCCAGUAUCUGCCUUUUAUGCGGAGCAUGUGGCCAAGGGCAUUGCCUGCUGCGGCUACAUCUGGACCAAGUCCAAGUUCCUGGGCAUGUCGAUCGGCGUCCACAACGUGGGCCAGGGCUGCAUCAUGUUCCUGCGGCACGACGAGGAAUACACGGUGACCUUCCCCAGCGGCUACGGCCGCUCCAUCUUCACCGUGCCCUGGAUCGAGCUGGGCGGGACCGUGGACAUCAACUGCCAGAAGACCGGCUACAGCUGCACCAUACAGUUCCACACCAAGCCCAUCAUUGGGGGAAGGCGGCAUCAGCUGACAGCUGAAAUCUUUCCCCCCAACGAUCGGCGACCCUUCCUCACGGUCACCGGGGAGUGGAACGGGGUCAUGACCACCAAGAAACCCAGCGGGGACCUGGCCGUGUUCGUGGACACGACAAGCUUGCCCAUAACUAAGAAAGUGGUGAAGCCCAUCGAGAAGCAAGAGCCGUACGAGUCACGCAGGAUGUGGAAAGAAGUGACGCUAGCCUUGAAAAACAAGGACGUGAACUUGGCGACGGAGGGCAAGUCACUUUUGGAGGAGAAGCAACGCAGCGAGGCCCGGGAGCGCAAGGAGAACAAUGUGACGUGGCAGAAUAGGGUAUUCCACGAGGUCGGAGAACACUGGGUCUACAACAACUCCCUCCAGAAACGACUGGGCAAAAAGAGCUAGCGCCGAGGAAACUCCGCAACAGUUCCGUCCCCCCCUCCCCCCCGCACGUGUCAAACCUCGCGUCGUCUGCAACGGCCCCUCGAGCGACUCUAAAUUGCAACGCUGUUGCGCCCGCUUCCUUUGUGCGCGAGAAACGACGGCAGCCGGGGAUACGAACACUCCGCCGUCACGGUGCACGUUUGCCCGCCCGCCCAGCUUGGCAAGUUGUCUGCCCACCAAGAACGUGCCUUGCGGGCGUCUGCCCAAGAGCAACAGUUUGGCGUUCCGUGUUUCUUCAAGACACGCUGCACCGACUGCAGCUCAUUGCUGGCCCCAAUUUGUGAGAAAAAGAAGGAGUUGGGUUUUUUGUUGUUUUUUUCUCGUAGAGAAUUGUAUUUGUCUUAGAAGUUUUUUUGUUUUUUUUUAAUUCAUUCCAUUGCGUUGGGACCAUGUGAAGGUGGUCUACCUCAGGUUUUUCGUCUUCACCUCAAAGAGUUGCUCGAACGCUUGUGUGCAAAACUAGGCUCGCAUAAAUGAAUGGGGAGUUGGCGCAGGGUUAGAACGAGUUGCGUUACUGCUGGUGCCUUUUCUCUCUUGGAUUCUCGAAUACCUUGGCAUUGAGCAAUGCGCCUGUAACGAAGUUUCGUUGGAGAACGUUUGGAUGUGACCUAGGUUCGUUGUCUUCGUAAUAGGCCGUUGGUGGCCUUUUUCUCAGAGCAAUAAAGAGGAGGAAGGAGCUAGUCAACAGAUAUCUGGCUUGUUUCGUGGAGGUGCAUAUCGUAGGGAAGGUGUUUUUUUUUGUUGCUGUUUUUUUCUACUGACGUUCUCAAUCCCCGUGAACUUGUAUUUUUGAAAUUGCUCGAGUCUCGAGAGAGAACGGGGCAUGUACAUAUCCAUUUUUUUUUUACUCGCAUUUCAAGUUAGGGUACAAAUUCCGCAAAGAUGCAGUAGUUCUACCUCGCAAACAUCUCCGCUUGCAAAAAAAAAAAAAAAAAAGCCACUAGCUGGUAUUUGUAGGAUAAAAUUUUGAGUAGGAGUUUGGAAUUUUAAGAAGCUUGGCAUCAUGGGCUGCUUUUUGACUAUCUAGCUGCAAUUCAUACCUAGAAACAUAGAUUAGAUUAGAACAAAUUGCACUCACUUUGUUGACUGCACUUUGGUCACUCCAGACGAUAAAUGAAGAUAAUGAUUUGAUUGUGACAACUUCUGUGCCUGAUUGACGGACCGUCUCGCGAGCUCUGCGGUGCGACCGUUUCGGGUAAUGAAGAGCAAUCUUGGUUGUAAAAUAUGUGUAACAUAUUCUCUAUCACUUUGGAUGAUGGAAUAGUAAUAAAUGAAUGCAUUUGUAACUUU